AUGGUCACUAUAACCAAGGACCUUCUGAAAAGCCUCCAGGACUCCGUGAAUUGCUCCGUCUGCCAGAAUACUUUUCAAGAUCCAGUGACCUUGGAUUGUGGGCACAAUUUCUGCCGCUCCUGCAUCAUCCAUCGCUGGGAAGGAUUGAAGAGAAACUUCCCCUGCCCUCAAUGCAGGAAAAGGUUUCGGAAGGGAACGAUGAGGCUCAACCCCCAGUUGGAAGAAAUAGCCAAGCAAGUCCUGGCUCCAGCUGUGACGGGGUCAGAAGGAGAGGAACUGUGUGAGAUACACAAGAAAGCCAAGCAAGUCAGGCCUGGCGCUGUACAAGGGUCAGAGGGAGAGAAACUGUGUGAGACACACAAGAAACCCUUAAACCUGUACUGUGAAAAAGAUGAAGAAGUAAUUUGUGCAGAUUGUCGUAUGUCCGACAAACAUAGAGAAUGCAGUGUGCUUCCUGUAGAGGAUGCUUUGAAGCAUUUUAAGAACGAAAUUAAUAUUGACCUGCAGUAUUUUACAAAAGAGAGAGAGAGAAUGCAGCUACUAAGAGCAAAUGAAGAUAAGAAAAUAGACACUUUGCUG